AUGAUACAUUACCUCGAUAAUAAUGUUGAGGGAGAACCUGAAGUCGAAUGUGGUCCAAAUUCUAUCACAGUCAACUUCAACACCCGCAAUCCAUUCGAAGGACAUGUCUACGUGAAGGGUCUCUAUGAUCAAACUGGAUGUCGAUCGGACGAGGGAGGCCGUCAAAUCGAGGCCUCCGAUCUUACAACAGCGUUCCAAACACAUGUUGUCCCAAUGCCGGUUUGCAAAUACGAGAUCCUUGAUGGCGGACCAUCCGGACAGCCCAUCCAGUUCGCUACCAUCGGACAACAGGUUUAUCACAAAUGGACGUGCGAUUCGGAAACCACCGACACUUUCUGCGCCGUUGUUCACUCGUGCACUGUUGAUGAUGGUAACGGCGAUACUGUGCAGAUUCUCAACGAGGAAGGAUGUGCCCUCGAUAAGUUCUUGCUCAACAAUCUCGAGUAUCCGACAGAUUUGAUGGCAGGACAAGAGGCUCACGUUUACAAGCACGCCGACAAAUCCCAGUUGUUCUAUCAAUGCCAGAUCUCGAUCACCAUCAAAGAUCCGGGAAGUGAAUGCUCUCGCCCAACAUGCUCCGAGCCACAAGGAUUCGGCGCUGUUAAGCAGGCUGGCGCUGCCGGAGCCGCCGCAGGAGGUGGCGCUGCUGCGUCUGCUGCCCCAGCAGUGGCUGCUGCAGCCGCCCCCACUGCACAGGUCACUGAAAGAGCAAACCUUGCUCAGUUGAGAUUGCUGAGAAGAAAGCGCGAGAUGGCCGAAAACGAGGGAAUCGUUGAUGUCCGGGUUGAACUCAACACUUUGGACAUUCUCGAGGGGGCAAAUCCAUCUACUCCGAUCGCUCCUGCACUUUCGGGAAGCGAUGAGAUCCAACAGCGAGUCUCUUCGGGCAUCUGCCUCUCACCAUUCGGAUUCGCUUCGUUCCUCGGAAUCGGAACCGUCGUCGCCACUGCCUUGUCGGCUUCAGUGUUCUACAUGGCACGACCGACUUCUCACAAACACUAA